AAAUGUCUGACGAGUACUUUGAAUACAAAGGGAUACUUUUCUCUUCAAGGGCACUGGCUGUGAAGGAUCUUGAAUUUGUAGAGAAUGAAUUUCAAGUUCAUGAUUGUGAUGUCUUUAAUGUCACCUACCCAAAAUCAGGAACAAUGUGGAUGAUGGAACUAUUAAGCCUCAUCUAUACCAAUGGAGAUCCAACCUGGUGCAAAGCAGUUCCCAGCUGGGAGCGGGUGCCUUGGAUAGAAGUCCCAGCUAUAAGAAAAGUGAUACAAAAAAACAACUGUCCACGUCUUUUCACCACCCAUCUGCCCAGAUCCCAUUUUUGCAAAUCGUUCUCUGGGUCAAAAGCUAAGGUAAUCUACACUGCCAGAGAUCCAAGGGAUGCUCUUGUGUCACUUUAUCAUUUUGCCAAAAUGAGUGUUUUCUUUGAAGACCCAGGCAGCUUUCCCCAGUUUCUGAAGAAAUAUCUGUCAGGAGAUUUAGUCUAUGGUUCUUGGUUUGACCACAUCAAGGGUUGGAUGGAGAUGAUGGGAAAUGAUAACUUCCUACUCAACACCUAUGAAGAUCUCCAGAAGGAUUUACGUGGCAGCGUGGUUAGAAUUUGUACAUUUCUGGGAAAAGAACUGGAUGAAAGAGCUCUGGACUCUGUUGUUGAAAAUGCCUCUUUCAAGACUAUGAGUAAGAACAGCGUAGCUAACGUCAACCUUUUAUCUGAAGAAUACACGGAACAUGGAAAAAGUCCAUUUUUGAGAAAAGGAGUGUCUGGAGACUGGAAGAAUCACCUCACUGUGCCUCAGAGCAAGUAUUUUGAUUGUAUCUAUAAAGAGAAGAUGAAGGACUUCAAUUACAAGUUUCCUUGGGAUGAAACCUAGAAAAAAAAAUCUCCAUAAGGGAUACUGUGAUGAUUUACUUGAUUCAAAAUGGAGCAAACACUGGAGGUUACAAUUAGACUCUUGCAGCCAGUACUGUAACAAGAAGUAACUGGACCCAACAGGAAAAAUAUUUUAGGACCCCCCCCCAUAUCUUAGGAAAUAAGACAUGUUUCAUCUGCUUACCAGUCAGUGCCACUUUGGGCCCCUAUACCGCCAGGCCCCAAGCACUCACAGACUCUGCCUUCUCCACAGUUAUACCCCUGCUUACAGCUGUUUUGGGAAUACUGGGUUGUGCUUAAAUGAGCUGCAUUGUUAUUGAGCAGCCACCAUUGACUGUUUAAUGGCCAGGGGUUGUACACAAUGCAAGAAGAUGCAAAAAGAUGAUGCAAUUAUCCACCUUUGUCAAGCAUGCCACAAAUUUUGAGAUUAUUCUUUAUAUAUAUUUUUGAAACCAUUGAUUUUUUUUAAAAAACAUUCUGUGUGCAAAAGGCUUGACUGAUGCACUUGGUUGUCCCUUAUCUUUAUGUGACCACAUUCUAAUACCAAAGAAAGAAUAAAGUGUCCAUGUAAAGCUUGAUUACCUGGUACAUUGCCUCUUAGUUCAGAGUGCCAUUUCAAGAGGUGCAAGUGAGCCCUGCUACCCCCUACCUUAAGCCCUGUCACCCCCUAACUUGAGCCCUUCCACCCCCUAACUUAAUGAUGUACAGGUUAGGAAGAAGGUCUAAUUCGCACACCUGACACCCAUAGCCAAUUAAAAAACUGCCAGGGAACACAUUAACCUGGAAGGGAAACAGUUCCAUGUCCCAGUUCUGAAAAGGGUCCAUAUCUCCACACAGCCCCCAGAAUGACAUACCUUUCUCCCGGCAUACAUAGU